CUCCAUUCACAAAUAAUAAAUUAAAAAAAAAUCCAUUUUUUUAAAACCAGUGUUCAUUCAUUCAUUCAUUGAUUCAUCUCUCACAUAAACAUUAACACUGGACCAUUUUUUUUUAUAAGCCACCACCCUCAACCACCGCUACUACCCUCUCUUCAUCCACAUUCAUAUUCAGAUUCCUUCAUUGUAUGUAGCAAAAUUUAGCAGCACCUUCGAUUCAACCCGUUGAGCAUUUUCCACCUCAUUCUUUGUUUCAGCAGAAUGAUAGAUUGCACAAAAUGGUUAUGCCUUCUAUUUUGUGUACUUCUAUUGCUGAAGGCAGAAGCUUCUUAUGUUCCAAUCACUUUUGUCCAGAAUGCGGUCACAAAAGGAGCCGUUUGUUUGGAUGGGAGUGCACCAGCUUACCAUCUUGAUAGGGGAUUCGGAGAAGGGAUAAACAAUUGGUUAGUUCAGUUUGAGGGUGGGGGAUGGUGCAACAAUGUUACUACUUGCCUUGGUCGAAAGAACGGUCGUUUAGGUUCAUCUAAGAAAAUGGCCAAGCAAAUUGCCUUUUCAGGGAUUUUAAAUAACAGAAGAAUUUUUAAUCCAGAUUUCUACAAUUGGAACAGAGUCAAGGUUAGGUACUGUGAUGGUUCUUCAUUUACUGGUGAUAAGGAAGAAGUUAAUCCAACAACUCAAUUGCACUUCAGAGGGGCAAGGGUUUUUGCUGCUGUCAUGCAGGAUUUACUUACAAAAGGAAUGAAAAAUGCUCGAAAUGCUAUCAUAUCUGGAUGUUCAGCUGGAGGAUUGACCUCGAUAUUGCAUUGUGAUCGCUUCCGAGCUCUAUUGCCAGCAGGAGCUAAAGCUAAAUGCCUUUCAGAUGCCGGUUACUUUAUUAACACACGGGAUGUCUCUGGAACACAACACAUUGAACAAUUCUUCAGUCAAAUUGUUGCAACACAUGGCUCUGCGAAGAAUUUGCCUCCGUCCUGCACUUCAAGACUUAGUCCUGGGCUGUGCUUCUUCCCACAGUAUUUGGUAUCCCAAAUCAAAACACCAAUCUUCUUUGUGAAUGCAGCAUAUGACUCAUGGCAGAUUAAGAACAUUCUGGCACCAGGAGUUGCCGAUCCUGAAGGCCAUUGGCAUAGCUGCAAACUUGAUAUAAAUAACUGUUCACCUGAUCAACUUGAAUUGAUGCAAGGGUUUAGGACACAGUUCCUAAGGGCACUGACUGUGUUAGGCAACUCUCCAUCCAAAGGAAUGUUCAUAGAUUCAUGCUAUGCCCAUUGCCAAACUGAAAUGCAGGAAACAUGGUUCAGAACUGACUCUCCCCUGUUGAACAAGACAACAAUUGCAAAGGCUGUAGCAGAUUGGUUCUUUGAACGAAAGUCUUUCCGGCAGAUCGAUUGUGCUUACCCUUGCAAUCCCAGCUGCCACAACCGUGUCUUCGAACCACAAGACCAACCAGAAAAAAAUGUCACCACCAAAGGAACUUCAGAUGCAUCAUCAAGAAAUCCAAAUUCAUGGUUCCCAAAGUUAUCAAACAAGGGAAAAUGGAUGGAGCUUUUGUGCAUCAAACAAUGGAUAAGUGGCCUUCUUCCAACCUUGUUUAUUCUGGCUAUUUUUCAAAAGCUGCUUUGAUGAUUAAUUAUGACUUAGCUGGACCGUCUUUCUGUCCACCAUAUUGUAAAUAAAUGACUGACAAAAAACUUUAUAGUUGGAUACUACAAUAAUUAAUUGGCUUAGUGCAUGGUGCAUAAAACCUGUUGCUGGAGCACUUGAUAGGCAGAAGCCAGAAUGUAUCUUGUUAGCCUGGAUAUUGAUACUACUAACUACUUGGUACUAAUAACAACCAUGGAAGGCUAUCUAUGCAACUUCCUCUCUGUGUCUUCUCUUUUAAUGCUGUGAGAUUUUAUUUAACAAUAAAGAAUUACUCAUUUUUCUUUUAGCGAGUAAGUACAUUAGCCCCUAGAUUUUUUCAUUAGUUAGUUAAUUAGGACACAAAUAUGACUAUUUGAGAAGGGUCUACAUAUAGCAUUUAUGAUUUACUAGUGGAGUAAUAGAUAUUAAUGUAAUUUUUGGAUUUGAAUCCUCUAAAGUUUGAAUUUUAUUUUAAAGAGUAAAGUGUGAUCUCUCGCCAUUGAUUUUAUAGGUGGGACCAACAAUAAAUAUGAAAGAGAAACUAUUCAAUAGUAGAAGAUCACACUUUAUUCUUUAAAGUGAAAUUUAAACUUUAGAAGAUGCAAAUCUGUAACUUUUAAUCUACUAUUAUUAUUAUUAUUAUUAUUAUUAUUGUUAUUAUUA